AUGGCUGAACCAACUGCUCCCACUGCCGUGUAUAGCACCCACAAGGAGAAGGUUCUUCUCCGCAUUGCAACUGGCGGAGCUGGUCAGUCUGGUCUGCUGGAGGCUUUGGCAAAAAGUUUCGUCCAAUAUUGUGUCGAUCACAAGAAAGCUGAGCCUUUCCUUAUUGAAUGGUACAAGACUGAUACUACUCUUAUGAUUGAGAAUCUGCUCAAAGAGGUCGUGGAUAUCGCUAUCACGUCUCAUGCGCUAAAUGACAAGGUCAUUGACCGAGUCGUUCUGUUUACCAAGUUGUUCAACCGAAUGGAAGAGAGCAAGAAUUCAGCGAAGCCCAUCAAGUUCCUGUCGCGUUAUGACAGAUCCGAUGGAAACAUCGUAGAGUCUCUGCUCUGGGCCACGAUUGGCCAGGUUCCAUGGGCCGAUCCUCCAACCUCGUGGUAUCACAUGUUCCCUGGUUUGUCCUUUCAAGCUAUACGUGAGGCGGCCUGUAAAGGCGAAUACACCGUGACAGACAAGGAGACUUGGCUGGCGAUCGAAGAUGAGACGAGAAAACAGCUUACAAUCUUUGCCGAAGGAAACGACGACGAAAACGAUCUUCUACUUAACCAUGCUCACAUUCUGGUCGGUAAGAAUGCCAAAAACAAAGCAACGGCAAACGACUUUGCCGACUGGAUGGUUCGGGAUGACGGUGGCCAGCAGGUCAUCAGGAGCUUCACGAAGAGCGGAGAGGUCCUGUACUCGACUAUUCCAGCAGGAGUCGACCCUCUAGACCGUGUCAAGGGGCUUCUAGGAUUCUCCGGCUCGACCAAGGCAGCUUUCCCAGUUGAAUGGGCAGAGGGUGAGAUUUACUUCUUCAAUGAUAACCAGUAUGCUCGCAUCGAUCCCAAUAAAGAGCACGACGACCAACGUGGUAGCGACAUUUUGUCAAUGUGGCCCGGGCUUAAGAAAUUCGGAUUUUCCCCGAUAAAUUCCAUAUUCACUGCAACAGACAACGAAAAGGAAGCAUACUUUUUCUGUGGAUCUCGUUGCUUGAGAAUGCAUGGUGGGACCGGAGUUCCCAACGGCAAUCCAUUCAGGUUCCAGGAGAAAUGGCCUGCCCUGAAAGAUGUGGGCUUUGACCUGGUGGACGCAUCAUUGCCUUUCAGUUUCAAAGGAAGCGAGUAUCAACAUGUCGUAUGUUUCUUCCGCAAGGAAAGGUACGCUCUAAUUGAUGUCAUCCGGAAUAUACUCUUGGAAUCGGGUAAUAUCGCGUUGCGCUUCAAUGCUUUGGCAGCAGCCAAGUUCAAGACAGUCGAUGCUGUUGUGUUUCAGCCGAGAACGAACAAACAUGAGGCGUGGUUUUUCUCCGGCAAACAGUAUGUUCUUGUCCAUUUGAUUGGUGACUCUAUCGCCCGGGGACCGUUGGACGUCGCAGCCCAAUGGAAAUCUUUGAAGGCUGCUGGGUUCUAUUGA